CAUAAAUGAAAAAUUUUUACGAUAUAGUGGAAUAGUAUGAGAAAAAUAUGAAGGAAAAAUGUUCUGAAAUAGAAUAAUAGGCUAAAUAAAAAGUCAUUUAGAAAGCCAACGAAAAUACAAUUAUAAAUUAGGAUAAUUAGGUAAAUGAAUUAGAAGAAUAAUUAAUAACUUAUAAGAAUGUUGAAUCAAAUUGUAGAGGAAACUUUCUAUUAUUUUGUGUACGAUAAUGUGGGUCUCAUAAUUCAAAGAAAAUAUUAUUGAAUUUAAGUAGUUAACUUUCAUUUUAUUUAACCUUUGUUUAUAUAAAAAGGCGAGAUUCAAAUAAUUCUUAAUUCUAUCGUGGUUGUGAGCUAUUGGAAUACAUUGGAGGAGGGUGAUUAAUAGAUAAAUCAAUUAUAAUAAUUAGAUGUGAG